AUGACCAUUAUCUCAGUUUUCACCGUUUCCACGAUUGCUGCACCGAUUGGUGCGCAAUCAGCGACCAACGCUCCAACCGCGUCUACCAUGCCCCUUAAAAAACGAUUAAUUGGCAUUCCACUUUCUGCUUUUGGAUCUGGUAUCGGUUUUGGAUCUAGUUUUGGCACCGGUUUUGGCACCUUUGGCAAUACCCUCGGAUUUGGCGGAUUUAAUUCCGAGUUCGGAAGUUCUCAUGCAUCAGGUGGUGCGCUUCUUAAGAAACGUGAUGAAGAUGACGAUAAGCAAAAACGUGGUGAAAAUAAAGUCACAGGAUUCGUUAAACGUGAAAUUCCCGGAACCAUCACUCCUUUACUUAUACCACUUCUAGGAGGUUUUGGUAGAUUUGGAAUGGGUAUUUGA